UUAUUUAUUUUUUUCAGACAAGGUCUCGUUCUGUCGUCCAGACUGGGGUGCAGUGGCGCCAUCCUGGUUCACUGCAACCUCAACUCCCCGGGUUCAUGCGAUUCUCCUACCUCAGCCUCCGGUGUAGCUGAGACCACAAGGGCGGGCCAACAUGUCCGGCUAAUUUUUGUAUUUUUUGUAGAGACGGGGAUUCACCAUGUUGGCCUGGCUGGUCUCAAACUCCAGAGCUCAUGUGAUCCGCCCACCUCAGCCUACCAAAGUGCUGGGAUUACAGGCAUGAACUUCCAUGCCGGGUACGAAAGGAAGCUUUUAAAUUGUGGAGUAUUUCAUACAUCCAUAAUAGUAGAGAGAACAUUAUGAAGAACCUACACAUAAAAAGAAACCAAUUUCUGUCAUUUGAAUUAACAAUCUUUAUAACCCCAGCAACUUCUCCUGCCAAUGGAGUAAAUUCCCAGACAUCUUGUAAUUUCUUCUGUAUAUUUCAUCUUAUAAUUUCAUUAUUUAUUCCCUAAAAGACAAUAUCUCAAUUAUCAUAGUGUUACUGUAACUUUUAAUAAGCUGUUCAGUGGGAAUUAUAACCACAUUUUUCUCCAACCAGUUAUAAAUAAGAUUCAAUAAAUUAAAACAGUAACUGGAAUUCUCUUCUGUUAAGGCGGGGCAGGGAGAGCCCUCAGUACGACACAGGUAGUGGUGGGUGGCAGAAGAGCAAAGCAAAGAGCUGAGGUUCCUUCAGAAUGCAACCUUCUCACAGAACGCAAAGCUCCCAAGUGGCCUCAGCGCCCCAAGAACUGCAGCGUUUCUCCCAGGAGGCUGGGCGAGUCCGUAGCGGAAGUCGGAGCGGCAGAGCAGUGAUUGGGUGCGGCCGGCACCGUCUCUGGGCUUCGACUUCCGGGUGAGGCCGUGGAGGUGUAGCGCGACGUUGGAGACCCGGGGGCAGCGCCAUGUACCACAGUGGAUGGAAGGACGCGCGGUGCGGCGGGGCAGCUGUCCUCUUCUCCCCGGACCCAGCGCCUGGAGAGCCAGCCCUGCAGGGUGGGCUGGGCGAGCCAAACUGCGUUCCUGGUGCAGGGCUUCGGGUCUCCCUAACAGACCUUAUACGCUGACCGGCGGCCGCCACGGCAGUGUCUCUUUGCUCAGAGAUCCAGGGACAACCACUCUCGUCCAACAGCGGUCGCUCCACCAAUCCUGGGAGAAGCGAAUCGUUUUAUCAGCGUGCCCUGUCAGCCGCUCAUGGUGCCCAGAGAGGAAUUUUAGUGGCAACGUUCCGGCUGUCACGCCACUGAAAUUUCCAGGCCACUCCAAGUCAGAAGGACCACCAGGAAAAGGCAGGGAGAGAACCACCAUCAGGUCCCAGCCUCUUUUUGUGACAAGAACUAGAGGGUUUGGGUCUGCAGUGGGCUGGCUCCCGCUGGGCUCACCUGUCCUAUAGAGCAGGCUGCCUCAAGGAAGAAGCUCACAGGGGACAUCUGACCUCUGAAACAGGAAGUGUAAAAUGCUUUAAAUAAGCCAAAACUAAACCAAUAGUUAUGUUAACUAAAAUUACAUGAAUGCUACCGAAGAUAGUCGAAUAUUAGAGGAAGAGAUUAAACUCUGAUUUUGAGCACUUUAUGCUUUAUUCGGAAAAUGAAUAAGAUGCCGUUCUGAAAACCUGAAAAUAUAAAGAAUAGGAUAUGAUACACACACUAGAUGAAAACAAAACUUUCAGACCAUGUUUUCUUAUUUAAAGUUCUAAUAAGUGAGAUAGCAGAGUAAACUAUUCACUCAAAUAACUAGUAACUGAUAUAAGGGUAUGUAUCAAUAACAGGUAUUAAGAUAAAAACUUUAUGAGCUUUUCCAUUUUAACAAGGGAUGAUGAUUCUAGACUUCUGCCACAAAAUUAUGGUCGACAAAACAUUCUUAAUUCAUUUUACAUAGAUCUGACUCUAGAUUCUGAAACAGCAAGUCAUAAUCUUGCAUCUCUGAAGAUAGAAUACAGUGCGAUUUGGAAAGACACCACAAAAACUCAUGAUCCAAAAAAGAUUAAGGCUGGUAUUACCAGGAGGAAGAGAAAGAGGACAAAAUCAAACUGGAUAGAUAUAAUAGAGUUGUUUGUUAGAAUUGUCUUCCUAGGAGAUGGAAAAAGACGCCAUCACAAUAGGAUGCAUGCUUUAGUAUUCAGCUACAGAAAUGUAAUAACUUUGCCAAAGUAAUUACACUGCAUAGAGUGGCAAUCGUUCUAUUAAAAGUAAGACCCAGUAAUGUUAGGAUUUUUUCUGGACAAUGAAGGGGAUGAGGUUUAAUCUUAUAACUUGAAUGCCAGGUCUCAUAUCUUUUCUUCAAGUGAUAUUUUUAUGAAACUACUUAGGCUGUGUUUCACACUGAGUGUGAUUUCUAACCUCUUAUAAUCUGUACAGUAAUAGAUUAUGACGGAUGAAUUAUUUGAAAGCUAUUUUGUAUUAUUUAGGAGAGGAGCUCUUCAAUUCUGAAUUGUCUGCCACUUAUAAGCAGAAGAAAGUUCUUUUCUUUCAUUAUUUUAGCAACUAUCAAUAAAACAGUAUUAGAAAUGCCUACUCUUCAGAGAUGUAAUGGGAAUAAAUUGUAAAGUACUUUUGAUAUUCUAAGAUGAAAGAUGGUAUUACACAGUCAAUAAUUCAAUGCUGGCCAGGCGCGGUGGCUCACGCUUGUAAUCCCAGCACUUUGGGAGGCCGAGGCGGGCGGAUCACGAGGUCAGGAGAUCGAGACCACGGUGAAACCCCGUCUCUACUAAAAGUAUAAAAAAAAUUAGCCGGGCGUGGUGGCGGGCGCCUGUAGUCCCAGCUACUCGGAGAGGCUGAGGCAGGAGAAUGGCGUGAACCCGGGAGGCGGAGCUUGCAGUGAGCCGAGAUCGCGCCACUGCACUCCAGCCUGGGCGACAGAGCGAGACUC